CGUCUCAUUGUGCUGUUCAGCUUUUUACCGGCGCCGACCCAGCUGUCUCAGGACCAGCUGGAGGCAGAGGAGAAGCUCCGGGCCCAGAAGUGCUUCUCCACGGUCCUGGUGUCGACCCGCAAGGAGCCCCCUCAGUACGAGCACCGCAAGGGAUGGGUGCCCCGCUCCCUGGAGGACUUCGGGGAUGGAGGAGCGUUCCCAGAGAUCCACGUCGCCCAGUUCCCUCUGGAGAUGGGCAGGAAGAAGAAGACGUCCAACGCCCUGGCGGUGCAGGUCGACGCCGAAGGAAAGAUCAAGUACGACGCCAUCGCCAGACAAGGACAGGGCAAGGAUAAGGUGAUCUUCAGUAAGUACACCGACCUGCUGCCAAAGGAAGUCCUGAAUGACGACACUCCAGAGCUCCAGAAGCCGGACGAGGAGGCGCUGAAAGAGCUGACAGAGAAGACCCGCAGCGCCCUGGACAAGCAGGUGUCCCAAAAGAUCGCUGCCGCCAUGCCGGUGAGGGCCGCCGACAAGCAGGCGCCGGCCCAGUACAUCAGGUACACCCCGUCCCAGCAGGGCGUGGCGUUUAACUCGGGCGCCAAGCAGAGGGUGAUCCGCAUGGUGGAGAUGCAGAAGGAUCCCAUGGAGCCGCCUCGCUUCAAGAUCAACAAGAAGAUCCCCCGCGGCCCCCCGUCCCCCCCCGCCCCCGUCAUGCACUCCCCCAGCAGGAAGAUGACCGUGAAGGAGCAGCAGGAGUGGAAGAUUCCUCCCUGCAUCUCCAACUGGAAGAACGCCAAGGGCUACACCAUUCCUCUGGACAAGCGCCUGGCUGCCGAUGGGCGGGGCCUGCAGACCGUCCACAUCAACGAGAACUUUGCCAAGCUGGCCGAGGCGCUCUACAUCGCCGACAGAAAGGCCAGAGAGGCGGUGGAGAUGAGAGCCCAGGUGGAGAAGAAGAUGGCCCAGAAGGAAAAGGAGAAGAAGGAGGAGAAGCUCAGGGAGUUGGCCCAGAUGGCCAGAGACCGCAGGGCCGGCAUCAAGAGCCACGGAGACAAAGGUGGAGGUGAGGACACCGAGGUCAGGGAGCGCGACGAGAUCCGCCAUGACAGACGGAAAGAGAGGCAGCACGACAGGAACAUCUCCCGGGCUGCGCCUGAUAAGAGGUCAAAGCUGCAGAGGGACCAGGACCGUGACAUCAGUGAGCUCAUCGCUCUGGGCGUUCCUAACCCUCGCGCUGGCGGCGAGGCGCAGUACGACCAGCGGCUCUUCAACCAGAGCAAGGGCAUGGACAGCGGGUUUGCCGGCGGCGAGGAUGAGACCUACAACGUGUACGACCAGCCGUUCCGCGGCGCCAAAGACAUGGCCGCCAACAUCUACCGGCCCAGCAAGAACAUCGACAAGGACGCCUACACGGACGACUUCGACACCCUGAUGCACAACAACAGGUUCGUCCCGGACAAAGAGUUCUCGGGCGCCGACCACGGCCAGCGGCGAGAGGGCCCGGUCCAGUUUGAGGAGGACCCCUUCGGCCUGGACAAGUUCCUGGAGGAGGCCAAGCAGCACGGCGGCUCCAAGAGGCCGUCAGCCGGCAGCAGCAGCCGCUCCAAGGACGACUACCACGACAAGAAGCGCCGCAAGGAGUGAGGAGUGAGGAGUGAGGAGUGAGGAGUGAGGAGUGAGGAGUGAGGAGUGAGGAGUGAGGAGUGAGGAGGAGGCUGCUCCACGAGGAACGCCUCGGGAAGUCAUUCCAGAUGUGCUCCUGAUGUUUGACCCUGGACAUGUGUAGAUUCUAGGUAUCUUUUUAUUUUUUAACCCAUACAGAGUGACCCCCCCCCCCCCGCUGUGUGUCCCUCCUGUAACCAGCGUCAUCGUUCUUGUAUAUUAAUGCCAACAGAAUAAAUUUCAUACAGCGUG